AUGCGCCUCCUACACCCCUUACUGAGGCUACUCCUAUGGGGCCCCAGGUGCCUGUCUCAUCGACGUCAUCAGUAUCCAUUCACCCGCUCAGUGCACGACGACCUCACCGACGUCGUCGUGAGCCGGACCCUUCUGAUCACACUUCCGCAGCAUCCAGAGUCGAGGGUGAGGCCUCCCAUCCAGUAUUUUUGGCCAGUUAAAAAAAAAACUAGGGGGCCUAGUCGAAUGCUGAAGCCGGCACAGAGUGUACGUUUGACUGGCUCCAAGAUCAAGAUUGAGUAUGACCCAGUACAUCGUGGAGCGGCUACAGCUCAACAACAUAGCAUCAUCGCUAGUAGCUGUGGUGUUGUUAUUAAACAAAUUUGUCCUAUGCAGUGGGAGAAAUGGGCAGAAAUUCCAGAUUGGACGAAGGAUUUGGUGCGAGACAAGUUGUCGGUAAUUUUCGAUCUUGAUGAUAUAUUUCCCGAGGUCAAGGCCUACUUAGAUGAGACCUUAGCAAUCCGGUACAAACAUUGGAAGAACUAUCUUCACACGCAUUUUAAGCUAUGGGAUACUCCGGAGAUUGCUCGCCUACAUGGUUGCCCAAGCGAGUUGAAGGACCGGCCAGAGGAUUGGGAAUGGCUUUGCAAACAUUUUACGGACCCAAAAUUUGUGAAGAAAUCUGUUGCUGGCAAGAUAGCUCGGGAGUCAAAGACACUUCUCCACCAUUCUGGUUCGAAGCCCUUUUCAUAUAGGCUUCAGACACGACGUCAGGAGGGUUCUAAGUUCCCAGAGAUCGACAUGUUCGAGGACGUUUACGUUCGACCUGGAGAUGAGACCGCUGGGCAGCUUCAUGCUCUUAUGGUGGAAAAGAGCACUACUGUUCUCCAAGAAGCAACAUCGCAACUUCCCCCGGAGACCCCAAUUGAGGAUGUCACAGUACCUGAUGAUGCAGGUUUUCAGAUUUUGACUGAUGUCCUAGAUCAGAACUUCGGUCGUCGUCACGGCAAGGUUGUUCGGUGCAUGGGGAAAGCACGACUUCGUGAGACUGGUGCCUCUUCUUCCAGAUCAAACACCACAGAGGUCGAUUCAUUGAAGGAGGAAGUGAUAACCCUAAAGGGUCAACUUGAGGUCCAGGGCGAGCAGAUGAGGGCCCAGGGUGAGCAGAUGAAGGAGCAGAUAAGGGCCCAGGGCGAGCAGCUGCAUACUUAUGACGGACAGAUGAGAGAUCUUAUACGAGCCAUACAGAUGACCGGCCUCCAAAUCUCACUACCAAUACCUGAUCUUGCUACACCUUCAACCUCCGAGCCACUUCACCCUGUCGAUACCCAGUAG